CCGACCCGAGGCAGCUAAUCCCAUUCGCCGCCUUCCUUUCCUGCCCGCUGCCGCUGCUGCCUCCGCCACUGCUGCGACACGAGGUCCACGACCACGACGCUCGCGACCGCGAUGGCGACCAUCACGACGCCGCUCCGCGCCGCGCUGCUCUCCCCGGCCGCCGCCUCGUCCGCGGGACGGCGCCGCGGGGGCGGGGGCCGGCGCCGCGCGCCCUCCUCCGUCCGCUGCGACGCCUCCCCGCCCUCGUCCUCGGCCGCCUCGUUCGACCCGGACUUCGACAAGAAGGCGUUCCGACACAACCUCACACGCAGCGACAACUACAACCGCAAGGGGUUCGGCUACAAGAAGGAGACGCUCGAGCUCAUGAGCCAGGAGUACACCAGCGAUGUGAUCAAGACGCUCAAGGAGAACGGCAACCAGUACACCUGGGGCCCCGUCACCGUGAAGCUCGCCGAGGCCUACGGAUUCUGCUGGGGAGUCGAGCGCGCCGUGCAGAUCGCGUACGAGGCGCGCAAGCAGUUCCCCGAGGAGCGCAUCUGGCUCACCAACGAAAUCAUUCACAACCCCACCGUUAACAAGAGGUUGGAUGAGAUGGGUGUAGAUAUCAUUCCUGUUGACGCGGGUAUCAAGGAUUUCAAUGUGGUCGAACAAGGUGAUGUUGUUGUGUUGCCUGCAUUUGGAGCUGCUGUGGAGGAGAUGUACACGCUAAAUGAGAAGAAAGUGCAGAUUGUUGAUACGACCUGCCCUUGGGUUUCAAAGGUCUGGAACAUGGUUGAAAAACACAAGAAGAGCGAAUAUACUUCAAUUAUUCACGGAAAAUAUUCCCAUGAAGAAACUGUUGCCACUGCUUCUUUUGCUGGAAAGUACAUCAUUGUGAAGAACAUGGCAGAGGCGACCUAUGUGUGUGAUUACAUACUUGGUGGCCAACUUGAUGGGUCUAGCUCAACAAAAGAGGAGUUCCUUGAGAAAUUCAAGAAAGCUGUUUCUCCAGGAUUUGAUCCUGAUGUUGAUCUUGAUAUGUUGGGAAUUGCAAAUCAAACAACAAUGCUUAAAGGAGAAACUGAAGAAAUUGGGAAACUUGUUGAAAAGACUAUGAUGCAAAAAUAUGGAGUUGAAAAUGUAAACGAUCACUUCAUGGCCUUCAAUACUAUUUGUGAUGCCACUCAGGAAAGACAAGAUGCUAUGUAUCAGCUGGUGAAAGAGAAAGUUGAUCUUAUUCUUGUUAUUGGAGGAUGGAAUUCAAGUAACACCUCUCAUCUGCAAGAAAUUGGAGAACUCAGUGGAAUCCCAUCCUACUGGAUUGACAGUGAACAAAGGAUUGGACCAGGAAACAUGAUUAGCUACAAGUUAAAUCAUGGUGAACUUGUUGAGAAAGAGAACUGGUUACCCGAGGGGCCUAUUACCAUUGGUGUUACUUCAGGUGCCUCAACUCCGGACAAGGUUGUUGAGGAUGCCCUUCAGAAGGUAUUUGAGAUCAAGCGUCAGGAAAUUUUGCAGGUUGCAUAAAUUUUAAGCAGAGAUUUGUGUAAGAGCGGAAUAGCUUUGGCUUGGCAAAGGUUACUAGAACCGUUGCACAGGCAAUGUUUGUACAGUAGCAAAGGAUGUAACGGUUUAGGCACGAAUACUACCACGAGGCACUAUCCUUGUGCUGGAAUUUACAGUCUGGUGGAAACGAAAAUGUUGUUAUCAUUGGUCUGAAUAAAAGUUGCAGCAGCUGUUCUAAGGUCUGCCCUGUUGACUUGGCUGAAAAAAUCAUGACUGGAA